AUGAUUGUAAUCUACUUUCUGGCGAUUGCCAGUGCAUGGCAAAGAGCGGUCGCUGAUUCUGAUGCUUGUUCAAGCAGUGUGAUCAUCUCAAGUCAAAGCGAUGCGGACAAGCUGAGGAACUGCGACACACUUGAUGGAAGCAUUACAAUAUCCCCUUCUACCAGCGGAGUGAUCACCAUCAAUAAUAUCGAGGAAAUCAAGGGCGCAUUAAUUGCCGAGGGUGCCUCAGAACUCACCGGUCUUUUUGCCCCUGAUUUGGACAGUGUGCAGGGAGGUAUCACACUGAGUAACCUCAACUCACUCACAACCUUAACCAUGGGCGCGCUAUCAGAGGUUUCUUCCAGUAUAACCAUCACGGGGAAUCCGAACCUGAAAGCACUGGGUUUCCAAGAUUUGGAAAAGGUUGAAGGACAGUUGGAAUUGGCGGGAUCAUUCGACAGCGUGUCGCUACCUUCUCUUGAUGAAGUUAAAGGUCAGACAACAAUCACAGGCAGCAGCGCCAGGUUAUGCAGUACAUUGGAUAGCUUGAAAUCCAACAGAGUCUUCAGAAAUGGCUAUGUUUGCUCUAGUGGUUCGUCUGGCCUGAGCCCAGGAGCCAAGGGCGGAAUUGCAGUAGGUGUCAUUGUGGGUGUCCUUCUCAUUGUGUUGCUUCUGUGGUUUGUGCUUCGGCGGCGGCGCCAGAGACAGAGAACUAGAGGCGUCCAAUCAACUAUUCCACCUUCAUCAACCCUAUCAACUGUCGUGGGGCAUGAUGAAAAGGCCAUCACUUCUCAAGGCGGUAUCUCACCUCAGGAAGAAUCAUCACGUUCAGAAGAACCGCAGACUCUCUUGCCCCGAAAGCCAGUGGGAUCCGCGAUAUUAUUGGAUGGUCGCUCAGUCUACGAGAUCCCGAAUGGAUCCACUCCAGUCCGUGAAUAUCACGAGUUGGACGCAGGACCAGUCUUCGGCUCUCAUCAACGACCUAUACACGCGAACUAA